AUGGACGUGGCUAGAGGAACUGUAUUCAGCAGCCCGCGGGAACCAGGACUUGCCCUCCCUCCCUUCCCGGAGCUACCUCGGCUCCCCUCCUCCCCAGGUGAGGCCCGCCCCCCGCACACCGGCCCGGGCUGGCACCUGGCGGGCGCUGCGGACACGGCAGGGGGAGGAGACAGCCGCGGGGCGGGCGCCGCGGGGCCGCGCGUGGCUUCGCCGAGCCGCAGCCGAACUUUCUCCCCAGAAGUCCCGCUUUUGGGGUCAGGAGGAGCGGGGCGGGGAGCGGAGAGCGGAGUUCCUGGAAGGAGCGGCGGCCGCAGCUCGGCAACAUGGCCUCCUCCACCUCCUCCUCUCCGGCCGGGGCCGAGAGCACCCCUCCUGCGCAGGGUGACUAUGGAUCCUACUAUUCCCGAAGCUCCAGAAAGUGUGUGCCUCCUGGCAGAAGCCACCCAGCCACCCCACUGCCAGCGCUCCGCUUCACAUCAUGAAUAUUCAGAGGCUGCAGUCAUUGAGGACUCAGGUGGCAAAAAUAAGAACCAUCCUUUGCAGCAUUCCCCCUUCCGAGGAAUCACUUAGACACUUCCAGCUGGUGGCAGGGGAUACAGCCAUAAUACAGCUUCCUCUGUCCCAGCUGUCUUUUUCACUACGAUAAAUGCAUUACGAUGGCUGCACUCUCGUGUAAAGGUUCAGGUAGAGGAAGGUGUAGGAUGAAGUCUGGAAGCCGUCUUUUGGGUUUUUAAAAGCUUCAGCUUCGACAGCAUCUCUGCAUUUUGAAUGUCUUCCUGCUUCUGGUCAAAGGUUUCUCUCCAGUGAUUGGAAUGCUACUGUAAGCCUGGUUAAA